CCUCAAGUUACCCUUCUAAGCCAUCGCCCGACCCGAUCCACAUAUUCCAAGUCGGAUAAAUACAUCAUUAUAUAUUCGGGUACGGGCCAUUUCAACGCGGGUUACCACCAAGUCAACCCAUAUUCACUCUUACACCCCUUUUAUUUACAUUUCAGGUCUCUCUCUUUCUCUCUCCCCCAUCUUCAAACCACCAUAGAACUGAUUGCUGUGAUCUGUGUUUCCUGUUGAACUUUGAGGUUUUCUUCGAUCGAUUCACGCACUGAUUUUUGUAGUAAUUAGCUUCUUGAAUCAAAUAUGUCGAUGUCGGAUUCGGAUACUUCGUCUCAAGGAGGCAGCGAAUAUAAAAACUUCAGACAAAUUACUCGUGAUCGAUUAUUGUAUGAAAUGCUGAGAACAGCAAGAAGCCCAGAUUCAAAAUCAAAUUGGAAGGUACUGAUCAUGGAUAAAGUGACUGUUAAAAUAAUGUCAUGCUCAUGCAAGAUGGCAGACAUCACAGAUGAAGGAGUUUCAUUGGUGGAAGACAUAAACAAGAGAAGACAACCACUACCCACUAUGGAUGCAGUGUACUACAUCCAGCCAACAAAAGAGAAUGUCGUUAUGCUCCUAUCUGACAUGUCUGGAAAAACACCUCUUUAUAGAGAUGCCUACGUGUUCUUCAGUUCAUCAGUUCCAAAGGAAUUGGUUAACUACAUAAAAAAAGAGCAAAGUAUAAAAUCUCGUUUACGUGCUAUGAAAGAGAUGAACUUGGAGUACUUUGCCAUUGAUAGCCAGUGUUUUAUCACUGAUAACACAAUGGUUUUGGAAGAGCUUUAUGGGAAUGAGGUAAUGACCCGAAAAGGAGAUGAAUGUUUGAAUGUGAUGGCCAACCGAAUUGCAACUGUAUUUGCUUCAUUAUUGGAGUUCCCAUUUGUACGUUAUCGUGCUGCCAAAUCCCUUGACCCUACGACAAUGACAACAAUUCGUGAUUUGAUACCUACAAAGCUUGCUGCAGCUGUUUGGAAUUGUCUUAUCAAGUAUAAAGCUCUCAAAAACUUCAAUUUUCCUCAAACAGAAACCUGCGAGCUGCUCAUUCUAGAUAGAUCAAUCGAUCAGAUUGCUCCUGUUAUUCACGAAUGGACAUAUGAUGCCAUGUGCCAUGAUUUACUUAACAUGGAUGGGAAUAAAUAUGUUCAUGAGGUUGCAAGCAAAACAGGUGGCCUUCCAGAAAAGAAAGAGGUCCUUCUAGAAGAUCAUGAUCCUGUAUGGCUAGAGCUCCGCCAUUCACAUAUAGCAGAUGCUAGUGUACGGUUGCAUGACAAGAUGACAAGCUUUGUGUCCAAGAAUAAAGCUGCACAGAUGCAUGGCUCAAGAGGUGGUGGUGAGCUAUCUACUCGAGACUUGCAAAAGAUGGUUCAAGCAUUGCCACAAUAUAGUGAACAGAUCGACAAACUAUCCCUCCAUGUUGAUAUUGCUGAUAAGAUUAACAAAAUAAUUAGGGAUUUGGGGCUUAAAGAAGUGGGACAACUAGAACAGGACCUUGUAUUUGGAGAUGCAGGAACUAAAGAGGUCAUCAACUUCCUGAGAACACAUCCAGAUGCUGCUCGUGAAAAUAAACUGCGGUUAUUAAUGAUAUAUGCAGCAACUCACCCAGAGAAGUUUGAGAGUGACAAACUUGCAAAGUUAAUGGAGUUAGCAAGACUUCCCCAAGAUGAUAUGAGUGCUGUAUACAACAUGAGAUUUCUCGAGGGAUCAUCAGAUUCCAAAAAGAACUCACUCGCUGCCUUUUCUUUAAAAUUUGAUGUUCACAAGAAGAAACAUGGGUUAAGAAAAGACCGUACGGAUGAAGAAGCAGCUUGGCAGUUAUCACGGUUUUAUCCUAUGAUCGAGGAGCUUAUUGAAAAACUUAGCAAAAAUGAACUACCAAAAAGUGAUUACCCGUGUAUGAAUGAUCCAAGUCCCACUUUUCAUGGGAGGACACAGUCUGAGUCAGCAAAAGCGGUUGAACCUCAUGCUGCUGCUCAUUCAAUGAGAUCCAGACGAACAGCAACAUGGGCCAGACCUCGAGAUUCUGAAGAUGGCUAUUCAAGUGAUUCCAUUUUGAGGCAUGCAUCUAGUGACUUCAAGAAGAUGGGGAGACGUAUUUUUGUGUUUAUCGUUGGUGGAGCAACUAGAUCAGAGCUGCGGGUUUGCCACAAGUUGACUACUAAAUUGAAGAGAGAAGUCGUUCUAGGCUCAUCUAGUCUGGAUGAUCCUCCACAAUUUAUCACGAAACUGAAAAAAGUAGUACUACUGUACAGUACUACCCACCAACACCUUUUUAAAAGAUGA